AUGUCAAUAGGAGAUGAAAAUGUUUCAUGGAAACGUAUUGAACAACAAUUGGCAGGUGAUGAAGCAGAAGAGUCAUCAUUACCUUCUUUGCCACAGUCAUCGACUUCUCCUCCAGACUUGAAAAGCAAACUGACUGCUGCAGACAAAAUCACAUUGACUGAGAAGCUCCAAAAUUUCAAAAAGCUUCAUAAAGAUGAUUUCUGGGUCUUAGAUGCCACAAUGCGACAAGCAGAAGUUGAUGAUGUUGAACCAAUUUCUGUAGAAGAAAAGGUUAUGGCGUUUGCGUUGGGAUGCGAGUAUUAUCAUCCUUCCCAAUCUUUGAUCCUAGAUUUGGGGGAUAAAAACUGGAGUUCUGUAUUCAGUGAAGAAGACCUCGACGAAAUACGUGGUGCUGGUGGCGAUUUGCCUUGUGGUGUACCGAAAGAACUUGAACAAUGCUUCAAGAGUCUUAAAGAAUUGAAAACUGGUGCGGAGGUGUUCAAGUAUGCAAGAAGCAUUGAAAUCACCGAUCCUACCAAAGAAACAUUGAAAGUUUUGAUUGAAUCGGACCAGUUGUACCGUUGUUUUGAUUUUUUCGCUACAGUUUUUAAAGGAAGUUCCAUCUUGGCAAAGGGAACUGAGAAGUCUAGUGAAGCCAAUGCCAGCUCGGUGAACCAAGACUGA